CCUUUUAAAUCGGGCACAGAAUAAAAGCAUUGCAGGGAGAGGAACACACUCACUGGACAGCGCAGCAGAGAGAGGACGGGUGCUCCAGCGCUCUCACCACAGCAGCUCUACGCUGAGAAACAGGGCAGGAUACACGACACCCCAUCUAAUCAGAGGCAUCAUGGCUGCUGGGUUGUCAUCAGGAAUUUUGCUGCUUUUGUUGCUUUGCUGUUGGCAUUUUUCCGCAGCCAAAGAAGGAAAAUCUACUAAGAAGGGGAAAAAAGGGAAGCAGGUCGUCUGCCCAUCACAGCUGUCACCAGAAGAUUUGGCCCAGGUUCCUGCUAACUCUACGUCUAACAUUUUGAAUCGUCUGAUGGUCAGUUAUGACCCAAGAAUUAGGCCUAAUUUUCAAGGCAUCCCAGUUGAAUCCAGGGUGAACAUCUUCAUUAACAGCUUUGGGUCCAUCCAGGAGACAACCAUGGACUACAGAGUUAAUAUAUUUCUGCGUCAGAGGUGGAAUGACCCCCGCCUACGACUUCCUACUGAUUUUAAAAGUGACGCACUAACAGUUGACCCCAAAAUGUUCCAGUGUUUGUGGAAGCCAGAUCUUUUCUUUGCCAAUGAAAAACAUGCAAACUUUCAUGAUGUCACACAAGACAACAUUCUUCUCUUCAUAUUCAGAAAUGGAGAUGUCCUAAUCAGCAUGAGGCUUUCUGUGACACUGUCUUGUCCUUUGGACCUUACUCUCUUCCCGAUGGACACACAACGUUGUAAGAUGCAACUGGAAAGCUUUGGCUACACCACCAGUGAUCUUGUGUUCAUGUGGCAGUCAGACCCUGUGCAAAUGGAUGAAAUUGCACUCCCACAGUUUGACAUCAAACAAGAGGACAUAAAAUAUGGAAACUGCACAAAGUAUUAUCAAGGAACAGGAUACUACACCUGUGUCGAGGUGAUUUUCACAUUGCGUCGCCAGGUUGGUUUCUACAUGAUGGGUGUCUACGCUCCAACGCUGUUAAUUGUUGUUUUGUCCUGGUUGUCAUUCUGGAUCAAUCCUGAUGCCUCAGCUGCAAGAGUCCCUCUGGGAAUUUUAUCGGUGCUCUCUCUGUCCAGUGAGAGUAUGUCGCUGGCUUCAGAACUACCGAAGGUGUCUUACGUAAAAGCCAUUGAUAUCUGGCUGAUCGCUUGUCUUCUCUUUGGGUUUUCCUCCCUGGUGGAGUAUGCUGUGGUUCAGGUGAUGCUAAACAGCCCCAAGCUGAUCGAAGAGGAGAAAGUCAAAAUGGCCCAAAAGAAAAAGGCGUUGGAUGAAAAUGAGGCAAAGAAGCCUUCAAAUAAAUCCAACAACACAGUGAACGGGACGGGUGGAACACCGUUACACGUCAACACUCUACAGGUGCCUGCAGCUUGGUCGCAGUGUUUCUCUGAGCCAGUUGUGGUUGAAAAUCGCUGUAAGAAAGUUUGCACCUCCAAGUCAGACCUUCGUUCCAGUGACUUCAGCAUUGUGGGAUCUCUACCUCGAGACUUUGAACUCUCUAACUUUGACUGUUAUGGUAAACCAGUGGAAGUUUCAGGAGCCCUUAAAUCCCAGAACAAAGUAAACAAGAAGCCUCCACCAGCAAAGCCCGUCAUCCCUGCUGCUGCCAAGCGCGUGGACCUCUAUGCAAGAGCCCUCUUCCCCUUCUCGUUCCUGUUCUUUAAUGUUGUUUACUGGUCCGUCUACCUGUGAUGGGAAAACGGCCAGACUACACUGAAAGGGGUUUGAAUGAAGACUACUGGAAAUGCAUUUGGCUGUCAAGCUAGAAUGAGCUAAUGCUAAAGUUACUGAUCAUCAGAGUGUAAACAGCUCCAGCAGAGUAAGACCUGCAGCUGUGUGGUUGGCUCUUUUAUUUCUUUGCUCAUGAAUUAGAGACUGCAUGUGUAUUAACAGGUAUUGUGCUUUAUGUAAUAUGAACCCUGCAAUAAUGAUACCACAACGCUAAAAUGUGUCAAGUGUAGAGGGACCUCUAAUGGCUGAAGCUGUUGACUACAAAUGAAAUAAAACCUCACACCACGUACUU